CUCUCUCAAACAAGAAUCUCUCUCUCUCUCUCUCUUCUCUCUCUCAAACAAGAACUAUCAUCUCUUCCUCAAACAAGGAAAUAAGGAAAGAAAGAAAGAAAAAUGGUGAAGAACAAUCUCAUAGUAACAGUCCCAAGCUUCUUCAAAUGCCCAAUCUCUCUAGACGUGAUGAAAUCUCCAGUCAGCCUCUGCACCGGCGUCACCUACGACCGAGCCAGCAUCCAGACAUGGCUCGACAACGGCAACAACACCUGCCCUGCUACCAUGCAACCCCUCCAAACCAAAGACCUCAUCCCAAACAGCACCCUCCAACGCCUCAUCCUCUCUUGGAAAUCUCAUCCCCAUCAGCUCGCUCUCAAACUCCUCGCAAAUCUCCGUCAGAUCUCCCCUUCUAAAACACCCACAACCGUUAUAGUCGAUUCUCUCUACCAGAUCUCCGAUUUCCUCCUCCGAUCCGAGAAAGAAGACCGUCAGUUCCUUAUCAAUGCCGGCUGCGCCAAGGCCGUCCUCGGACUCAUCUCCGACAGAUUGGAGGAAGCUGAAGCUGUUGUUAGCGUUUUGUGCUUGAUCUUGUCCGAGAAUCGGGACGCGUUGAAAUCUUUAGAUCUGAAUCGGUUGCCGGCGAUGCUUGUUUUGGUGCUGGAGAAAGGGAGUUUGGAAUCGAGGAUCGAUUCGGCUAGGGUUUUGGAGGCUUUGGUAUUGGUUGACGAUGAUGAAUCGACGGGUUCUUUCAGAUCGGUUGCGGAGAAGGAAGGUGUUCUGGCGGAAUUGUUUCGAUUGAUGAGCUCAGAAGCCGAUCCAAGAGGAGUCGAUGCCGGACUGGCUUGCCUGAUCGCAGUCGCCGCACGGCGUAAGAUGAGAUCGCAGAUCGUGCAGCUUGGGAUCAUCCCCGUUCUCGCGAAAUUGCUGCUGGGACCAUCCGAUUCCGCUGUCGUCGAGAAGGCUUUGAAAAUGCUGGAGAGGGCAUCGACGUGUGCCGACGGGCGCAUGGCGAUCUGUAGCGAUCCGGACUGCAUACAGGCCGUCGUGCAGAGAAUGUUGAAGGUUUCGAGCGCCGGGACGGAGCGGGCGGUGGUUGUUUUGUGGAGCUUGUGUCAUUUGUUCCGCGAUCAGAAGGCCCAAGAUGCUGUGAUCCAGACGAAUGGUCUGACUAAGAUCUUACUAUUGAUGCAGAGCGAUUGCUCACCAUCUGUUCGACAAAUGGCCCGUGAUUUGGUGAAGAUUUUCAGGGUGAAUUCGAAGAGCUGUCUCUCCGGUUAUGAUACUAAAACCACACACAUUAUGCCCUUCUAAAACCUCAUUCAAAAAAAGAGGUUUUUUGUAAAAAAAAUUCGAAGGGAAUUUUUGUACUGAUUUUUGUUAACCAAUACAUACAAACAUCACAAUUCAUUGACAUCCUCAA